AUGUACAUGCCCCCGACUCCGGUGCCUCCAGUUUCACCAUCUUCCAGUGAAGCUAUACGCAUCGCAGCGCUCGAAGGCACAGUUAAUCAAAUGGCCUCCGACAUCACUGAACUCAUGGCCUUGCUCAGGGGACCAAAUCAUGCCUCUUCGAGUGUCAUCUCGCCCCUAACGCACGGGUCAAUGGUUGAUCCGUCUCCUUGGGUCCCGCCGACCCUUGCACCAGAGAGCGAUAUUGUGCAUAUUCUUGCGUUGACACAGUUCCCAGCGACUGUUCCACAGUUGACACACUCACCGGAGGUCUAUCCAGCUGCUGCUCCUCUUCCGGUAACACUUCCAGCGACUUUCCCUCCUCCACCAAUGACGAUGCCGAUGAUUGAUCCAGCUAUGCUUGCGCUUCCUCCAAUGCCAGUAUCAGCUACAAGCCUCAUCUACACUGCUCCUACGCCGACGAUUUUCCCGGCAACAAGCACAUAUGCUCCUACUCCCAUCACUGAACCAUUUCCUUUCACAGCUCUACAACCCCAAAUAAGCCUUUCACACCAAACUCCACCAAUCCUAAACAUUCCUUACUAUAACCCGGGCGCACAAGUUGUGGUUGCCCUUAAAGCUCCGUCGACAUAUAUUCUCCUUGCUAUGGAGACAGAACAGGAGCGUCAGAUGAAACGAAUGGAAGAGAUGAUGAAGGCCCUCCAUGAAAGUGACUCUCGUUAUAACACGAGUUACUUGGACCUUAAUCUCUUUCCAGACAUGAGGCUGCCCCCAAAGAUCAAGAUUCUCGACUUCGACAAGUAUGAUGGUACCACGGACCCAAUGCCACAUUUGCAAGGCUAUCGGAACCGCAUGAUGUCGUAUUGGGAAUUUGAGCAGUUCAUGAUUCAGACUUGUUAG